GUUUUUUGACAGAUUUUUUGUAAAUAAAUGGAAAUGCAAACUGGAUGAAUUCUAUUUUGAUGAAAUUCCUCCUUACACUAAAUUAAGUAUUUCGUUCUUAAUUCUUGUUCGAUGUGAUUAAUUUGAUUUCUUCGCGCUUCUUACAAAACUGUGAAAAGCUGAGAAUAUUUGCACACAAAAAAUGACAAGUGUUAAUACGGCCUUCAUGGCGGAGACAAAAUUCGAAGACUUAUGCCGUUUGUGCGGUUCUAAAACGGAUAUUAUGGCCGUACACAUAUUUGACAAUGAAUGGACGUUUAAUGAACUUUGCAAGAAAAUAUAUAGUUGCCUCCAAAUACAGAUAUACCAUCACGACGAAAUGCCAAAAUUACUUUGCGAGAACUGCCUAGUUAAGCUAGAAAUGUUUUGGGAGUUUAAAGAUAGGUCAAUUCGAACAGAACAAGUGCUCAUGGAACUAUAUAGCAAAUUGAAACACAGUGGUUCACAUCAGUGUGUUGUAUCUUUGGAUGUAAAUGGAAUGAUGUUACAAGUGUCUAGUAAUCUCGUAGUCCCUCAAAGUAUGUCUACUGACAUAGAUAUAUCACAGCUUGGCAGAAGAGAUAAUAACGAUCCACAUGAUUAUACUGUCAUCUUGAACCAUGAUGAUUUUCCAAGAGACUUACAAAAUGCCCAACUGGAGAAUUUGGAACUUAAUGGCCACAACUUGACAGAAGAUGUUUCAGGUCAUGAUCUAUCAGCCCAUAAUAUGGACAAUAGUCAUGACGAUUUAGUAAUAGUGGUGCCAUCAUCACAAAAUGACCAAAGACUGAAUGAAAGGUUUACUGACGAAAACUUGACUUUAAUGCAGCAACAACUGUUAAGUGAGGAGUUUAAAAUGCACCAGGAUUUGCAGGCGAACGCUGGUACCAUUUACAGUGAUAGUGUUAAACAAGUAUCCCAAGGUAAAAACGGCAGCAAACAAAUUGAUUCCUUGGAUUAUUCAUGUCAAAAAAGCAAUAUUAAAAUUGAUUCACAUUUUAGUGAUAAUAGUUUGGGUGUUGAAGUAGACACUCAAUUUGAUAGAAUAAUAACCUACUCGAGUGACAGCCAAAUGGACCAAAUUCAUCAACCAGAAGAGAGUGACAGCAAUCCAAACUUACUUGUGGAUCAAGACACAAGCAAUAUGGAAACAUUUUUAGGGAACACUGAUCAGCCUAGAGAAAAUUUUUCAGGAUUUUCUGCUACAUUUGAUUCUUCUACUGUUUUGCAAGAUGAUCAAAGUAACUUUUUUAAAUUUGACAGUGAAAAUUCCACUUUUCAUCCUGAUUGUGACAGAGAAGCUAUUAAGACGGAAUAUCUUGCAUACAAAGAUGAGAUUUCAUUGGAUAGUGUUGGGGAUGGGUUAAGAAAUGAUGAUAGCCUAAGCUUAGAUAGGCCUUUACAUGGGAUGACCAACACCGAAAGCCAAAUAAUUUUAUCUGAAACUAAGGAUAUUACUAAUGGUUUAAGUGGAAAUCCCAAUAAAAAUAAUGGUAAAUCUAGUUCAAAAGCUGGUCCAAAAGUCUGUACAGUAUGCGGAAAAUCGUACAAAUCAAAUUACAAGUUGGCUGAACAUAUGACAAAACAUACUGGUGAGAGGCCUUACAAAUGUGGUAGCUGUGAUAAAGCGUUUCGCUCGAAAAUUGGGUUGGCACAACAUGAGGCAAAACAUACAGGUCAAUACGAGCUGAGUUGCCCAACUUGUGGAAAAGGUUUCCAGUGCAAAAGUUACCUUAUGGUACACCAAAGAGUUCAUUCCGAUGUAAAACCGUUUCCUUGUUCCACGUGCGGCCUUAAUUUUAAAACAAAACAGUCCUUACUAGAUCACACAAAUAGACAUCUGGGUGUCAAACCGUUUUCUUGCAGUAUAUGCAAUAGAGGGUUUAUUACGAAAAGUUUGUGUAUUGCCCAUGAAAGAACCCAUGCGGGCGUAGAUAAUAGAAAGUAUUCCUGCAAGAUAUGUCAGAAACGGUUCGUUUCAAAAAGCUACUUACAGACACAUUCUAGGAUACAUACGGGGGAAAAAUCGUUUAUAUGUGAGGUUUGUGGAAAAGGAUUUUUGACUGGGGUUGAUUUAAAGAUACAUCUAACAAUGCACACAGGGGAGAAAUCGUUCGUUUGCGAAAUGUGCGGCAAGGCUUUUGCAAGAAGAGAUGCUCUUAAGUGCCAUAGGAGAUUGCAUACAGGCGAAAGACCAUACCGGUGUGAUGUUUGCGGUCGAACAUUUACCCAAUUCACGCCAAUGGCAAACCAUAGGAAACACCAUACAGGUGAAAAACCGUUUACGUGUGAAACUUGCGGCAAAACAUUCGUAUCGAGAUCCACGAUGGUUUCGCACCAAAAGAAACACCAUAAGACUGAAAAUCUUAGCAAUAAAAACCCCAACCCUAAUGUGAAAGUCAAAGUAAAAGACGAAAUGCAAGUCGAAGUUCCAUCUAAUGCCAGCUAAAACAUUGACGUAACUGGUUUAUGUGGUAAAUAAUAAAGAAGACUUAAUUUUAUAAGUUGGAUAUGGCAGAACAAACUUGAAUAUAUUCGCAAUUAUAGCGUAGAUUGCCUCUCUGUGUGGUAAUGGAUUGGUAAGAAAUUAGAGUUAGAUAGAAUGUGCGAAAUUGUUGAGGAUUUUCUUUUUUGCUAAGAGGUGCAAAAGAAAUGACUAUUAAAUCAGAUAUGUAGUUCAAAAAAUUACAGUUAUUUGACCCUUUUAAAAUCUGCUAUUUAAAUUUGGAUUCAUAUAUAAUUUUUAAGAAAACUGAUUAGGAGCAUUAAGAGCUAAUAAAAGUCAAUAGAGGGCGUUUUUGAGACAUCUUAUUAAGUGUGACUGGAGAUUUAAAAUAGGUCGUCAGUAUUGACUUUCCUAAAUUUUUUUGAUGUUAAUAUUAUAUAUGUUCAACUAGAAAUGGAUUUUUAGAAAGGUUUUUCAAACCUUUAAAAUAGGAAUGUCCUUUAAAAGUCAAAUAAUACUUUUUAAGUUAUUAACGUUAAUUUUAACUAAUAUUGGAUGUAUGGUAAUAACUGAACUAUAGCAACCAACGUUUGGACGCCCCUGUGCAGAAUAUGGUCCUUUCCACCCAAAUGCAAAAAACUUUCUAGUUAAGAGUGAAAAUUAUUUUAAAUUUGUUGUAAACUUAUACGCAAUUUUAACUAGGUCCUAAAAACUGUAAUUUUUUUAUAAAUUUAACAAUAGCGAUAAGCAUUCUUAUGAUUAGUGUUUUCUUUUAACGAUCCGAUACAUAUUCUAGUCCAGGUGGUUGUUUUAUUGGGUUAAUAAAUUAAAAUCUACAUCUAAUUAAAUUAGCCGAUGUUUCAACAAAUAUAUUUUAGCGUACCAGUAAUAGAAACUAGAAAUUAAUUGGUAUAACAAACAUACCUUCUCGGAGUGAUACAUAAAUUAAUUUUCAAUAUAUCUUCUCAAAGUCUCUCUAUAUCUCUCUAUAUUCUUCUUCAGCAAUUAAAGAAUCAAGAUAGGACACUUUAUAAACAAAACAUAACGAACAAUUUAGGAAACACUUUUUACGAGCUACCGUACACUGAAUAACAGAAAAACUAAAAACAACAAUUGAAAAAUACACCACUUUAGACGACAGUACGAUAGGGACAAGUUAUUUUCCAAAACUAAAAGCUAAAACUAUAAACCUCUUAAACGUUAUUUAUCGAAUUCUAUGUAAUAGGGGAGAGUGGUGCACAAUGACAGAAUUUUUAGUAAAUCCACUCUAGUAUGCGAUUUUAACGUUUCAAAAAUCUGCAUUUAAGAUGUCGUUAUGCGUAUAUAUAUUCCUAUAAAAUUUAACAGUUGCUGAAUAAAAAAAACACAAUUAAUUAUUACAUUUGUAUCAAUGUGUACCGCUAGUGGUACAGUUUGAAACAUAACGUAGUUUACAAUAAAACACAUUGGAAUAAAUAAAUUAAUACAAAAAAUCUUUAUGUUUUUACCUUUAUAUCAGCGUACAAUCAUAUUGUUAAACUGUAAUCCAAAUUUAUAAUAAGAAGAAAGCCUUUUGUUCUUUGUAUUUAUAGGUUUCGGUAAUAACAUAACGAAAUCCGAUUUCAGUCCCGUAUGAAUAUCAGGAACAUCCGGAAAGUAAAAUGAAUUGUACACCUUAGCACUUCUUCUUAAAUAUGAAAUUUUAACCUCAUUAGAAUUUAUGACUUUCAACAUUUUAGCGACAUAGUGGAUGUUAUUUUCAAAUUUCGCUAAUACAAAUGAGUCUUCUAAAAUUAACACACAUCUAAUUUCACUAAUACAAAUGAGUCUUCUAAACUUGCAGUUGUUUCGGUAAUUGCAGUAAUCGUGUCAUCUUUCUGUUCCUUUAUCAUAUGAUAUUGGAGAUCAGCUAAGCUAAGAUCAGCUAUGAUGAUGAAUUAACAUCAUCCGAAGAGUCCGCUAACUGUAACUCUGAAUUUUCAGAUUCCGUUCCUGAUUCACUCUCACUUGUCUUUUUUUUUACUUUGUACGUCCUUUUUAUACUCUUUCUUGUCUAAAACUGUCUAUAUAUUUCGCCUUACUUUUGUCACUGUCUUAAUAUUUGGGAUUUUAUUUUUUUUUUGUUUUGUAAGAAAGCUCUUUCAAUUCCGACGUGCUGGUUAAAAUAACACUUUUCUUCGAUUUGAAUUCUUCCUGGGCGCAGCCUCUGGGAAUCCUCGAAACUCAAAUGGCGUAGUAAAGGAACUCUCUGAUGAGUUUUCCUCAUCUAGCCCACAUUCCCUAAUUUUCGUUGCACUAGAUAAAUCAGCGCUGGAGAUAUAGUUAGAAAAGUUUAUAAAGAACCGGUGACAUCAACAGGCGGCAAAAUCCGCGCAUCUCGUUAUUCUAUCGCUCGGGUCAGAUGACUAUGUCGAGGUCUGAAGACAGUGGAGGCGUGCCACUUGUUGAAAUUAUUAAUAUUUAUUUGUACUAGAGUUUAAAUAGCCCUAGAUUUUUAGUAGGUAUAGCUAGCGAUAUUAUAAGUGCGUUUGAUUUAGUUGAAAUACCAACUAAGAAUGCAUAUAUUUGAAUUUAAUUGCUCCGAGAUUCGUUUAAAAAAAUGUAGAUAAAUUAAAAUUAUAUUUUUUAGCAUUGUGAUGUGCCCAUAAAAAAUCUAAUAAAAAAUAGUUUUACUUUCAGGAGGAUGCAGUUCGCUAAUUAUU